AUGGCGCCGGAGCGGGUGCGGAGCCGGGCGCUCUCCGCCUUCAAGCUGCGGGGCUUGCUGCUGCGGGGUGAAGCUAUUAAGUACCUCACAGAAGCUCUUCAAUCUAUCAAUGAACUGGAGCUUGAAGAUAAACUAGUAAAGAUUAUCGAUGCAGUUGAAAAGCAACCCUUGUCAUCAAACAUGAUUGAACGCUCUGCGGUAGAAGCAGCAGUCCAGGAAUGCAGUCAGUCGUUUGAUGAGACUAUAGAACAUGCUUUCAAUAUCAUAGGAGCAUUUGAUAUUCCACGCUUUGUGUACAAUUCAGAAAGAAAAAAAUUCCUUCCUCUGUUAAUGACCAACCACCCUGCACCGAAUGUAUUUGGAACAGCAAGAGACAAAGCAGAGCUGUUUCGUGAACGAUACAUCAUUUUACACCAGAGGACUCACAGGCAUGAGUUAUUUACUCCUCCAGUGAUAGGUGCUCACCCUGAUGAAACUGGCAGCAAAUUCCAGCUUAAAACAAUAGAAACCUUAUUGGGUAGCACAAGCAAAAUUGGAGAUGUGAUUGUUCUUGGAAUGAUAACUCAGUUAAAAGAGGGAAAAUUUUUUCUGGAAGAUCCUACUGGAACGGUACAACUAGAUCUUAGUAAAGCCCAGUUCCAUAGCGGGUUAUACACAGAGGCCUGCUUUGUCUUAGCAGAAGGCUGGUUUGAAGAUCAAGUGUUUCAUGUCAAUGCCUUUGGAUUUCCACCCACUGAGCCUUCCAGUACUACUAGGGCAUACUAUGGAAAUAUUAAUUUUUUUGGAGGGCCUUCUAAUACAUCUGUGAAGACUUCUGCAAAACUAAAACAACUGGAAGAGGAGAAUAAAGAUGCCAUGUUCGUGUUUAUAUCGGAUGUUUGGCUGGACCGGGUAGAAGUAUUGGAAAAACUUCGCACAAUGUUUUCUGGUAGUAGCCGUUUCGUGUUUGUACCUGGUCCGGAGGAUCCUGGAUUCGGUGCUAUCUUACCGAGGCCGCCACUUGCUGAAAGCAUCACUAGUGAAUUCAGACAGAGGGUACCAUUUUCAGUUUUUACAACUAAUCCUUGCAGAAUUCAGUAUUGUACACAAGAAAUUAUUGUCUUUCGUGAAGACUUAGUAAAUAAAAUGUGCAGAAACUGUGUCCGUUUUCCUAGUAGCAGUUUGCCUAUUCCUAAUCACUUUGUAAAGACUAUCUUAUCCCAAGGACAUCUGGCCCCACUGCCUCUGCAUGUUAGCCCAGUGUACUGGGCAUUCGACUACACUCUAAGGGUGUAUCCUGUGCCGGACCUGAUUGUCAUUGCAGACAAAUACGAUCCUUUCACUUUGACUAAUACUGAAUGCCUCUGCAUAAACCCUGGUUCUUUCCCAAGAAGUGGAUUUUCGUUCAAAGUGUUCUAUCCUUCCAACAAGACAGUAGAAGACAGCAAACUUCAAGGCUUUUGAGAUGCUUGAAGACCAUCUGAAAAAACAAA